AUGGAGACAGAAACAAUAGCAAACCACGCAGAAGCUACUGAUUUGGAUGAGAAUAUGUCAGCACCACCAUCACCAUCACUGCACGACAUUGGUGGUGGCAGUAACAAGAAUAUCACUUGUCGCAUUGAUGGUGCAUUAUACUUUGCUGCGGUGGAAGGCAACUUCCAAGAGUUCAUCAAUAUCCACAAUUUGGAGAAUCUGCUCACCCCAAACAAAAACACCAUCCUUCAUAUACACUUGACUUCUACAACAAGUAAAAGUGGUAAAACAACACCUGCUUCAGCACAAUUUGUGACUCAGAUUCUUGUCAAGUGUGGACGUCUAGUUCUACUCCCUAACGCCAAGGGAGAAACACUCCUUCAUGUCGCUGCAAGGUAUGGACACUCCAAUAUCGCUAAAUUAUUGCUUGAACAUGUCAAAGCUAAAAUUUCACCAGACAUUGAGAAUGGUGUUGGAGCAGAUCAGAAGUUUAUCAGGGCCACAAAUGAUGAGUUGGACACUGCAUUACAUGAGGCUGUGCGCUAUGAUCACAUUGAAGUGGUGAAGACCUUGUUAGAAAUGGAUCCUGAUUACUCCUAUUAUGCAAAUAAUGCCAAAGAGACUCCGCUUUAUCUGGCGUCAGAAAGACAAAAUCUGCAAGUGGUGCGUGAGAUAUUGAAGAAAGUGAAAUCACCGUCAUAUGAUGGCCCCAAUAAUCAGACAGCAUUACAUGCUGCUGUGAUUAACCAAGAUAUAGCAAUGGCAAGAGAUCUUCUAAAGAAUGAACAUGUGAGAGUGGCGGUCAAACUUGCGGACAAGAAAGGUUGGGUUCCUCUUCAUUAUGCUGUGAAAACAAGGAAUGCAGUUUUGACUAAGUUGCUGCUUAAAGAAGAUGAGAACACUGCAUACAUGCAAGAUAACGAGGGCAGAACCGCUCUUCACAUCGCUGCUGAUAGUGAUAGUCGGCGUAUUGUGAAAAUGAUAAUAAAAUACUAUCCAGAUUGUUCGGAGAUAGUGGAUAACAAAGGUUGGAAUGCUCUUCAUUAUGCUGUGAAUGGGGGGAAACAGAAUACAAUACGUAGAAUCAUGAGAAACCUGUACCUGAGCAACCUUUACAAUGAGAAAGAUGUUGAUGGUAACACACCCCUUCAUUACCUCCCAAAUUCCAACCUCGUUGCGUGUCACAAACUUGUAGGUCACCCCAGAGUCGACAAACUUGCAGUCAACAAGAAAGAUCAAACAGUUCUUGAUGUUGCCUAUGUUAAGACCGAAGAUCCAGAUCCAGAAUCAGAUAAACGUACAAGAGAGGGCCAAAUUGUGUUAUUAGAAAUGGCUGGAGCCAAACGAAGUUUGCGACUAGAUCAAAAAUCAAAGAAUGGGCUAAACGGGCUAGUGUUUCCGAAGGAAGCAAAGCAGACACAUCUAUUAGUGGCUACACUCAUCACAACCGUAAGUUUUGCAGCUGGGAUAACCCUACCAGGAGGUACCAUACAAGAUGGGGAACUUAAAGGUACCCCUCUUUUGGGGCAUAAAACCUCUUUCAAAGCAUUCAUGGCAUCAAACACUAUAGCAAUGGUUUUGGCAUCUACUGCAGCUUUUAUAUAUAAAUCUUUUCACGCCACUGACUAA